GAAAGAACAAAAGACAGAACCAGAGGAAGACGGCAGCGACGAAGCAAGGGAGGAAGGAGCGGACGAGGAGCACAGGCAGGGAAAGGCGCGAACGGAGGGGCGGAGGACAAACCCGACGGGGAGGCGGAGGCCCGGAAGGGAGGGGCGCAAAAGAGAGGAGGGGCACAACGGAAGGAAGAAACCAGCCAAAGGCACGGGAGGAGCGCCAAAAGCGGAGAAGCAGGCCGGAAGGAGAGAGCGCGGAAGGGGAGCAGAAGGCGAACGAGAGGCGAGGACGGGGGAGAAGGGAACAGAAACACGACCGCGAACGCGAAGAGCGGGGAGGGGACACGGCGGGCACGCCCACGCAGGAAGAGAGCCAAAAGAGAGGCAAGGCACAGAAACAGGCCAAGAACGGAACAACAAACCAAAAAAGGCGAAGGCCAGAAGGGGGAAGCGGAAAACGACACCAACGGCCAAAGAAGCGCAAGGGCCACCGCGAAAGGAAGGGAACAGGACGAGGCGGACGGAGGAGGGCGGACAAAAGGGGGGGAGCCGGACAAACCAAAAAGGGCCCAGGAGCAAGGGGAAGAAACGAAAGACGCGAGGAAGGGCGAAAGAAGGGAGGAAGGGGGCAGGGCACCACAAGGGAAAGGGGGCGGGCGAAGAAAGGCAGGAAGAGGGGGACAACAGGGGCAGAAAGAGGGGGACAACCAAACGGGCAAGGAAAGGAACGGAGGAAGGAGAAGAACAAAAGAAGGAAGACGGGGGGGAAACGGGGGACGGAGGGCGAGACGCACAAGCCAAAGGGAAGGGAGGAAAACAAGGAAAGCCAGCAGCGGGAGGGGAGGAGGGAGGAGGAGCGGGCGAAAGGAGCACGCCCACGGAGGAAGAGAGGCGGGAGCCAAAGGAAGGAGAGAACACGCAGAAGGGAGGGGACCAACGAAAGAAGGAAGAGAGAAGGCCCCACCAGGAGGGGGGCAGACGAAAGAAGCAAGAGGGGGGGCAAGGAGAGGCCAACGAAAGGAAGAAGGAAGGAGGACAGGAGGCGCCACCAGAGGGGGACAGACGAAAAGAAGAAAAGACGCCGGCCAAAACCAAGGGGAAGGGGCGCAGAGAGGGGAGGAGGGGAAGCCAAAAGAGGAGAGCAGACCACGCAAGGACGAGAGGGAGGCCAAAGAACCAAGGAAGCGGCGGGAAAAGAAGGAAGAAAAGGGGGAGCGAAAGGGGAAGGGACGAAAGACAGGGGGGCCAAGGCAAACCAGGAAACGGAGAAGGAGAAGGGAACGAAAGGGAGAAAGGCGAAGAAAGGGGGAGAAAGGGAGGAGCGAAGGGGGGGAGGAAGGGAGGGACAGAAAACGGGCGGGGGGCGAAAGGGGAAAGCGAGGAAAGGCAAGGAAACACGGAGGAGAGGAGGGGAGCGCAAGGACGAAAGAGGCAGAAGAAGCGAGGGACAGAAAACGGGCCGGGGGCGAAAGGGCGACGCAAGGAGAGCCAACGGAAAGGGAGGAGGAAACAAGGAGCAAAGGAGGGAGAAGCAAGGGACAGAAAACGGGCCGGGGCAGGGGGCGAAAGGGGAGGCAAGGAGAGGCAGGCAACCAGGAGGACAAAAAAACGGAAGAGAGCAGGGGCCGGAGCGGAAGCCCGGGGGCAAAGGAAGAGAGAGGACCGAAAAGGACAGCAGAAAAGGAAGCGGCAGGAGAGAAGGGAAGGAGGCAGAAGGAAAGAAAAGGCGGGAGGCGAGCAGCACGGAGAAAACGACGAAACGACAGGCGAGACAGAAGGGCCGGGGGCGAAAGGAGGAGCAGAGGGCAGGAGGGCAGCCGAAGGAAGCAGACAAAGAGAACGAAAGGGCCGGGGGCGAAAGGCCAGCAGAGGACAGACAAGGAAGCACAAGGGAGAGGGCGAAAACGGGAGGGGACCCGAACAACGCAAGAGAGAAGGGGAACGGGAGGAAGGAGGCGGGGGCGACGCCCCAACGAAGGAAAAGGAGAGAGCACGAGACAGGGAGCAAAGGGGAGGGGACCGCAAGAGAGAAGGGGAACGGAGGAAGGAGGCGGGGCGACGCCCAACGAAGGAAAAGGAGAGGACCACGAGGCAGGGAGCAGGGCCAGCGGAGGGGAGGGAACGGGAGACAAGGGGGAGGAAAGGAAAGAGGGGGGGCGACGCGGGAAGGAAGCGAGAAAGGGGAAGCACGGGGCAAAAGGGGAAGGGAAAGCCGAACAAACGAAGGAAACCAACACAGGAGAGACAAGGAGGAGGGAGACGCCCAGGAAAGGGGGCGAGACGAAGCGCGGGGAAAGACCAACGCCGGAGACAGAGGAGCGGCGCAAGGGGACGAGGAGCAACAAGGCGGGGAAGCCAGGGCCAGAGAACGAGGAGGCCGCCCCAAGAAACGGCCCGAAGGCAGGGGGCGCAGGGGAAGGAAAAGCGGGGGGAGAGCGAGAAAGGGGGAGAGGCACGAGGGAGAAGGCGGGAAAGGGAGGAACGAAAGGAAAACGGGCGGAAAGGCAG